UUCAACGGAGCGACAGAGUCUCCCUCUUCGCAUCGUCCUCGUCGUCUCUUCUUUCUUCACCCUCCGAAACAGGGGAAAAGAAGCAACCUUGCGGGCAAGUGGUGAUCGAGAGAAUCAGACGAGCGACGCCAUGAGUAGCAGAGGCAACAGGGGAAGCGGCGGUGGCGGGGGCGACGACAGCGGCAGCGACCGCGACGGCGGGCUGCAGAAGCCGCUGCUGGCCAUGAACACGGGGAGCUGGUACCGGAUGAGCUCGCGGCAGAUCAGCGUCGCCGCUGGGGCCUCCUCCAUGGCCGUCCUGCGCGAGUCACACGUCUCCGCCUUCCUCUGCACUCUCAUCGUCGCCCUUGGCCCCAUCCAAUUUGGCUUCACUAGCGGCUUCUCCUCCCCAACGCAGGACGCAGUCAUUCGAGACCUCAAUCUCUCCAUCUCUGAGUUCUCGGCGUUCGGAUCGCUGUCCAACGUCGGCGCCAUGGUUGGGGCGAUCGCCAGCGGGCAGAUGGCCGAGUACAUUGGCCGCAAAGGGUCAUUGAUGAUUGCUGCGAUACCGAACAUCAUUGGUUGGCUUGCGAUCUCCUUUGCAAAAGACUCCUCAUUUCUGUAUAUGGGACGAUUGCUCGAAGGAUUCGGUGUUGGUAUCAUAUCAUAUACGGUACCAGUAUAUAUAGCAGAGAUAUCUCCUCAGAACAUGAGAGGAGCUCUUGGUUCUGUGAACCAGUUAUCUGUAACCCUUGGUAUAUUGGUGGCCUAUUUGCUCGGCAUGUUUGUCCCUUGGAGGCUUCUUGCAGUGAUAGGAGCCUUGCCCUGCACAGUGUUGAUACCUGGCUUAUUCUUCAUCCCAGAAUCUCCAAGAUGGCUGGCAAAGAUGAAUUUGAUAGACGAUUGUGAGACCUCUCUGCAAGUUCUGAGGGGAUUUGAGAUUGACAUCACUGCAGAAAUGAAUGAUAUAAAGAGAGCAGUGACAUCAACGACUAAAACGACUACAAUCCGUUUUCAAGAGCUAAACAAAAAGAAAUACCGCACGCCUCUAAUUAUAGGAAUUGGCCUACUUGUUCUGCAAAAUCUAAGUGGAAUCAACGCUGUGCUGUUUUAUGCAAGUAGCAUCUUCAAAGCUGCAGGGAUUACAAACAGUGACUUGGCCACUUGUUCACUUGGAGCUAUUCAGGUUCUUGCCACUGGAGUUACAACCUGGUUAUUAGACAGAGCUGGGCGACGGAUUCUCCUUAUUAUUUCUACUGCUGGCAUGACUCUAAGCCUUCUUGCAGUUGCUGUUGUAUUUUUUCUCAAGGAUACGGUUUCACAUGAUUCUAACACAUACUCCAUCUUAAGUAUGAUCUCCUUGGUUUGUCUAGUUGCUUAUGUCAUUGCCUUCUCUUUUGGCAUGGGUGCCAUUCCGUGGCUCAUGAUGUCUGAGAUCCUCCCGGUUAGCAUCAAGAGUCUCGGAGGAAGCUUCGCAACACUUGCCAACUGGCUGACAUCCUUUGGUAUAACAAUGACAGCAAAUUUGUUGCUCACCUGGAGUGUUGGAGGGACUUUUGCCGCCUACAUGCUUGUGAGUGCUUUCACUCUCGUGUUCAUCAUCCUUUGGGUGCCAGAGACAAAGGGAAGAACUCUUGAGGAGAUACAAUCGUCAUUUCGCUGAGCUUUUAUAGCCUGGAGCAUGCGUGAUAACUCUUCAGAGUUUUUGUCCACUUUUUAGAAGCAAGGGGUGAUUUGUGCAAUAGAAUUUUUGUCAAUUCUUCCCAACACAAUUAUUCGGUGAAGGCCAAGCAUUCCUUUUGUUCAUACGACACUUUGUACAUUGUUGUACAGUAUUGUGUUGGCUUAUCCACAAUUCACAUGCAAUGCUUGUGCGGUGACUUGUCAAAUUGCUCCCUUUUUUGGCCUUAAAUGUAAACACGAGUGCUUUAGCACUA